CUUCUGCAAAUUAAAAGUAAACGUUUAGAAAGUAUUUCCACCGUACAAUCUUUGUUUUCUCUCUUAUCAUUCCAAAAUGGAGAGGCUGCAUUUGCUUCUGCAAUCAAUCAAUAAAAUUGUCUUUAUUUCUCCAAUCAACCAAUAAAAGCUCCUUUUUGUUACAGAAAAAAAAAACAGAGAAAGAGGAAGUCGGUACCAUGCAGAAUUUAGUGGGGUUGAAGGACGAAAUGGAAAUGGAGGUGGAUGAUCAACUGGGCUAUCCCAGAGCCUAUGCUAAACUCUGCACCAACAUUGACUUCCAGAUGCCUUACAGCAAAGGCCCUCCCUACACCUACCUUCCAUACACAUUGAAUACACUUAAUAUGGAGAAAGUGAGGGAGCUCAACCAACUGUUUCCAGUCACCUCACCAGUUGAUACAGAUCCUCCAAAUACAGAGAAAUAUAUUGAUGUCAUCUGGAAGCAACUUGACCAUCUUGGGAAUGCUGGAUUUGAUCCUGCUAAGUUCAGGGUAGAUCCAUAUGGAAAUGUGCUGUACUUUCAUGCUGACCCUGCUUCACCACUUGCCUGGGAAGUAGACCACUGGUUUCCUCGUUCAAGAGGGGGGAAAACAGUUCCAAGCAAUUCAAGGCCUGUACAGUGGCAGGUGAAGCAAGCCAAGCAGAACAAGCUAGAGUUCCUUGUACCUUGGUGGGAUCUGCAGCUGGGAGUUUCUGUGAACCAGUUUCUUUCUAUAUUUGCAUCCAAAAAUGCAGAUUUCAGGCAGAGGGCAUUUUCCUCCAUGUUUUAUUCUGGUAAGAGUGAACAGCUACACGAAGUUAUGGUUGUGGAAUCUCACACAUGGCCUCAGCAUUUCCUCCGUAAGAAGAGGCAACUCGGGCUAGCCCCAGCUGCCAUAGUUCGAGUGCAAAAGGAUAAGGAUGUGGAUGGCAUACUUGGGAUCUUGAAUACGAAGGAAUCUAUUCUGAAUGGUACACCUGCUAGCCGAGGAUGGAAAGUAGAAGAAGAUGAAACUUAUUCCAUUAGAAUCCCGAAAUUCAGACCUAGCUAUUCUAAAGAAAAUGGAGAAUUUGAGAAUGGUUUCAAAGUGCAAAAGAAUGAUCAGUAUUGCUUGAAAGGAGGAGUUUGGGAGAUGAAGGAGAACAUGGGCGAUUAUUAUAAUUCAAAGAAUGCAUUUUUUAGAGCUAAGCAGAAGGAACUAGAUUUGAAACUGAAAGGAGAAGAAGUUAGAAAAUGGCAGGAGAUUUCUCAGCUGGAUCAAGAGCUUAACGAGAUGCAAAGGAUAAAUGAGGCAGAAAGAUUGGCUUUGGAGGAUUUGGAAUUUGUUCUGAUAAAGCAGAGAAGAAGAACAGAAAAGCAGAGACGACUGGCUGAGACCCAAGCAUCAUACAAGCAAUGCUUGGAAAAGAUGAUAAGGGACACCAUGCACCAGAAUGUUGUGUAUAAGGAGCAGGCGAGGUUAAGUCAGGCCGCUUGCCAUGCCCUCAUGGCUCGAUUGGAGUCAUUGAAGGCUGAUUCUGACAUGUCUGAAAGAGAUGUGUUGAAGAAGUUCAAGCAAAGAGAGGAAGUAAAGGAAUUGUUGAGGCCAUACUCAGAGCAAGUCAGGAAAAGGGUAAGAGAGGAUGAUACAGCAAGCUGCUCCAAGAUUCCUGUGAAGAAAGAGGUGCGCAAAAUGCGCUCUUCCUGCCCCUCUGCCAUACCAAGUACUGGAAGUGGAGACAAGGGUAAAGAAUCAAUUCCUCUACUCAAACAUGCUGGAGCCUUGGAAGAAACAAGUCUUCUUUUCAAGAAUAUGGAAAAGAAUUCUAAAAGAAUUCAAAAGGAGCUGAGAGAAUUCCUAGAAGAAGACCUGGAAGCAUCAAGAAUUGAAGCGCAGAAGCAACAGCAAGAAGAGAAGAGAGGCGUCAUGACUGAUGGGUACGAGUCAGUUGGAGACAAUGACAAACAUGACGAGAUAGAUGAGGCACUGGAUCAGGUUUUAUCGAUGCAACACCAAGUGGUGGUCGCCAGAGCAGAUGCCGCUGACGAAGAAGAUGAAAGAGUCAGGCAAAUUGGGAAAGCCAACUUAGACAAAUGGCUACAGAUGUUACUGCAAAAUACAGAGUCUGGAACACUCACAGACGCGGGGCAAGGAAAACCCCAAUUAGAGAUUGAGGAGGAAGAGGAGGGUUUCGACGCCUUCCAGACAACUCCCCAUCGCUCCACACUCAUCCGUGGAAAUACAGAACAAAUUAGAUCGCCAUCAACAGUAGCAAUGAAAGCAAAUGCUGAGCUCAGGAAAACUUCUGAUGCACAACUCCAUACCGAUGGAAUCAAAACAAAAAUGGAGAUGCAGAGAAAUGCAAAACAGUUGUUGCAGUCGAAAGGAAAGGAAGAGUGUAGAUUGAAGAGGAAUGCCAGUGCACGCCGCCCAUCUUCUCCAUCUUUGUGGGGCGCUAGGAAGACAAGAUAAUGAAUGGAUUGGAUUGUUUUCUCAAGGUUUUCUUAAAAAUCUGAGGAAUUCGCCCGCAUUAUUAAGAAAACCUGAAGGAUUUUCUGAAGGUUUUCUGUAAGUUGCUGAGGGUCGUGUGUGGAGUUGAGUGUGUAUUAUGAGUACUUGCAUGGGUAUUGUUGGGUUUGAUUUUUAUAUAUUUUUUAUUAAAUAAACUAUGGGUUUAUUUUCCUUUA